AUGACGACCGCGAUGUUCACGAACGAGAGCUGGAAGCUUGCGAUACCCGCUGUUCUAUACACGAUACAAAAUUCCCUUCAAUAUGUUGCUGUCAGCAAUCUGGAUGCUGCAACCUUCCAAGUUACCUACCAACUCAAGAUUCUGACGACGGCUAUCUUCAGCGUUUUGAUGCUAGGCCGACGCCUCUCGACACGCCAAUGGUUAUCUUUACUACUUCUCAUCAUCGGCGUAUCUAUUAUACAAGUACCGCAAGCGACCGCGCCUUCAGCCACACCAGGGUCAGGAUCGUCGUCAUGGACUAAGACACUGGAGCAACUACAUGAUCUAGGCGAGAAUGUCGCUGGGCGGGUCUUGAAGCGGUCUGGCUCAUAUGAGGGUAUACACGAGGAUCGUGCAGCUCAGGUACCUCGCAUGAAUAGUCGGGUUGGGCUCUUAGCUGUUCUGAUCUCCUGCGCUCUCUCCGGCCUAGCUGGAGUCACCUUCGAAAAGAUACUGAAAGAAUCAUCGAGCGCAAAGCUGACACCGCUCUGGGUGCGCAACUGCCAGCUCUGUUUUUGGUCACUAUUUCCUUCGUUAUUCUUGGGUGUUAUUUGGAAGGACGGAGAAGUGAUAGCAAAGACUGGGUUCUUCGUUGGUUACAACUGGGUGGUUUGGACGGCCAUUGGCUUUCAGGCAGCCGGUGGUGUCAUUGUUGCGCUCGUCAUUAACUAUGCGGACAACAUUGCGAAGAACUUCGCGACGUCGAUUUCGAUUCUGCUCAGUUGUAUGGCCAGUGUGUACUUCUUUGAUUUCAAGGUGACGCGAUCGUUCUUCAUGGGCACCUGUGUCGUGCUGCUCGCUACCUAUCUCUACACCAAGCCUGAGCGGGGCUCGCAAUUGCCUCCAGUUAGAAUUGCCGACUUCGAGAAGACCACAGUCGAUCGCACGUAUGAUGCAGAUAUGCCUCGGAGCCCCACAGGCUAUAGUAAUGUCCCUAGAUCGAUGCCAGAAUCACCUACGAUAGAACGGCAUUCCCAUAAGCGAGAAGCUUGA